AUGGAUGUGAAAAGGUCAUUGUUGCUGAAAUGCUGUGUGUUGAUGACAUUGUUCAGUAUAGCACGUUACCUCAAUUUCAAUGGAUACACCGGAGAAAUGAUCAGGACUUCGUUACGAAGAAUUGCCUCCUCUAGACAGACCCAAUACAUCCAGACAGGUAAACCUGUCAAUCAUAUAGCAUUUAUUAAGGUGCCUAAGGCAGCAAGUACAACGGUUCAGAAUAUAUUUCUACGUUACGGAGAUGAAAAGAAUCUCACUUUUGCUCUACCAAGUGUGAAUGUAGCGGGCGGCCGUGCGUUAACAUCCCGCUACUUCUACCCACCACCAAAAAAUGGAACAUACGAUAUUACUUGUACACAUAUCACGUACAACAGGGCACAAUUCGAUAAAGUUCUACCAAAUGAUACUGUAUAUAUAGCGGUAAUAAGGGAGCCAUUUAGUCAUUUCAGAUCUUACGUAAGAUUUUCUAGAAUGCAAAAGAUUCUAAAUUUACCUGGAGAUAAUCCAGUUUUGAAAUAUACUGGACAAAAUAAGAAACCAAAUCAAACUCGGGUGAAGGAAUAUUUACAAAAAAUAGGCAAAGAAAUAGAUAUUGUUCUAGUGUUGGAAUUCUUGGAUGAAUCUAUUGUGUUGAUGCGACGAAUCUUACACUGGGAUAUGAGGCAUGUUUUGUACGCUCAACUUCGCAUUAACAUGCAGAAAGACCCUCGAUUAAAGUUUGGAUCAGAUGCUGCCGAACUCCAUAAAUCUUGUGCCUUCUUUGAUUAUAAAUUGUAUGGGUUUUUCCUUAACAAACUAAAAGAAAAUCUGAGAAGGCAACCGUCGGAUUUUCAUGACGAAGUAGUUUACUUCAGAAAAAUUCGAACAAAAUACGCCAACUUCUGUUUGUCUGUCAUAUCGGCCGAGCUACUAAACACUAGCGUUAUGUUUGAGGGCAGUGCAUGGAAUAAGCCAUUUGUUAUCACACCGAAAGACUGUAAAAGACAGUAUAUUCACGAUGUUGUGUUUUUAGAUAUGCUUAAAAAAAAGCAACUUAAACAGAAUUGGAGGAAGUCGUGA